AUGGUUAACCCUACUCCUUACACCUACGAGAAUGGAGUCUACGUUCAAGGGCUUCAGAACAUCAAGCCACCCAUCAGCUUUCAUCCCCUUGACUGGGAGGCCCGUGCCAAAGAAAUUCUACCUGCCGACAGCUUCGGUUAUACCAUUGUUCCAUCUCGACUGGUCAAAGCAGGCUUUCCCAACGUCAAGACCACUCUUUUUGGCCAAGAGUACGACUACCCUAUCGCUAUUGCACCAGUAGGUGUGCAGCGCAUUUUCCACCGCGAGGGUGAAGUCGCCACUGCAACCGCCGCCCACAAGGAAAAUGUAACCUAUAUUCUCAGCACGGCGUCAUCUACCAGCAUCGAAGAUGUUGCAAUCGCCAAUGGUAAUGGUUCUCGCUGGUUUCAGCUCUACUGGCCUCUAAAUGAAAAGAACGACAUUACUGUUAGUCUUUUGGAGCGGGCGAAGGCAGCAGGCUACAAGGUGCUAGUCGUUACGCUCGACACAUAUAUUUUGGGAUGGCGCCCCUCGGACCUGAACAAUGGGUACAACACCUUCUUGCGCCCUGACAAUAUUGGCGUUGAACUGGGAUUUUCUGAUCCGGUCUUCCGUCGCCAAUUCCUCGAGAAACACCGGAAGGAGGUGGAAGACGACCUAGGAACAGCUGCGGCGGAGUGGGCGCAUACGAUCUUUCCUGGACUCAGUCACUCGUGGGAUGAUACCAAAUUCCUGCAGCAGCACUGGGAUGGUCCUAUAGUACUGAAGGGAAUCCAGACUGUUUCUGAUGCUCAGCGAGCUGUAGACGCCGGAGUGCAGGGUAUUGUGGUCUUCAACCAUGGAGGCCGACAGCAAGAUGGUGGAAUUGGAGCUCUGGAGAUGCUUCCUGAAAUUGUUGAUGCAGUGGGAAGUGACCUGGAAAUUAUAUUUGACUCUGGCAUUCGGGGAGGAGCAGAUGUCGCCAAAGCAUUGGCUCUAGGGGCGAAGAUGGUUCUGAUCGGACGGCCUUACGUCUAUGGGUUAGCAGUUGGAGGUGAGGCAGGUGUCUCUCAUGUACUGCGCUGUAUUCUGGGCGAUUUCAACCUAACUCUGCAUUUGUCCGGGAUUAGUUCAGCGUCUCCUCAGCAUCUUAAUCGAACAGUGUUGCGCCGAAUGUACUAG